GGCUGCGUUUCCGGGGGGGCUGCAGCCAGCGUGUCCCGCGGGCGGGGGCCGGCCGGGCGCCAUGGGCCCGGCCCGCCGCAGGGCCGCGCUCCGCCUGCGCGGCGGCGGGUCCCCCCCGUUCCUGGGCCUGCUGCCCGGCAGGGUCUCCGUGUUCCCGCUGUUCUUCCUGGCGCUGCUGCUGGGCUUUGCCUCGCUCCUCUGGCUCCAGCUCAGCUGCUCGGCCGAGGGGCCGACCCCCGACGGCGGGCAGAGCCGGGGGGGUCCGCAGCAGCCCUGCCCGCCCCCGGCUCCCCUGCUGCCGGUGGAGGAUGAGCCGUCCUGGGGUCCCCACCGCCUGGCGCUGCUCGUCCCCUUCCGCGAGCGCUUCGAGGAGCUGCUGGCCUUCGUGCCCUACAUGCACCGCUUCCUGAGCAAGAAGAGGAUCCGCCAUCACAUCUUCAUCCUCAACCAGGUCGAUCAUUUCAGGUUUAACAGGGCAUCCUUGAUCAACGUGGGCUUCCUGGAGAGCGGCAACGACACCGACUACAUAGCCAUGCAUGAUGUUGAUCUCCUGCCCCUCAACGAGCAGCUGGACUACAGCUUCCCAGAGGCAGGGCCCUUCCAUGUGGCAUCCCCGGAGCUGCACCCGCUCUACCACUAUAAGACCUAUGUGGGUGGCAUCCUGCUGCUCACCAAGCAGCACUAUGAGAUGUGCAAUGGCAUGUCCAACCGCUUCUGGGGCUGGGGACGGGAGGACGACGAGUUUUAUCGACGUAUCAAAGGAGCUGGGCUCCAGGUUCGCCGUCCCUCUGGGAUCACGACUGGAUAUGAGACUUUCCAGCACUUGCAUGACCCAGCCUGGAGGAAGAGAGACCAGAAGCGCAUCGCUGCACAGAAGCAGGAGCAGUUUAAGGUGGAUCGGGAGGGAGGUCUGAACAACGUGAGGUACCAAAUUGAAUCACGGACAGCUCUGAGUGUGGCAGGAGCCCCUUGCACCGUCCUUAAUGUCUUGCUGGACUGUGACACAAGCGAGACCCCUUGGUGCACGUUUGGCUGAGCCCGUCUCCUGUGUGCCAGUCAUGUGUGCUGUACUGGUGCUGAGGUGCCGGGGCACCGCCAAGCUACUUGGAGCAGGCAGGAGUUUUGCAGCAGCCCAGCGUGGCAGUGCUGGCGAGAUACAAAGGAACAGAAAAGGCUGAGAACUGGGCUUUGCUGGGACCAACAGAAGAGGCUGAGAGCAGGACUCAGUGGCGUUGCUGCAGACACCGGUGCUGCCUCCCAGGGCAGACAGUUUUCCUGCACUGGACAUGGCUGAGCUGCUGUCCAGCUCAGAGGACAAUAAAGAACUGUUAGGGCACCUGUGAGUCAUGAA